CCAACAAAGCCUACCAUGUAUAUAUAUAUAUUCAUCGUCUUCUCUACUAUAAAGCACCACCAUCCUCCAUUGUCCUGCCAUGGCGACAAUGAGAAUAUUAGCAUUUCUCAGCAUCCUGUCAAACUUAUUGCUGCUGGUGCUGGGUCAUGUUGUAGGGAAACCCAACGCCAAUGGCUUGACUAUCAAGCUCAUCCAUAGAGACUCACCAGCAUCACCUCUUUACCCUGGAAACACUACUUUCAUUGAAAGGAUUCAAAGACUCGUAAACCAAUCUAAAGCUCGUGCUGCAGGUGCUGGUUACCUGUCCGUACACCCUAAUGAGGCUAUUCGUGCGCCCAUUGCUAUUCAAGCAAAGUCUAUAUACAUGGUGAGACUUGGCAUUGGCACCUUCAAUGCAACUUUCCCUGCUCGGCCAUUCAAGGCAUACCACCUGCACAUGGACACUGGAAGCUCCGUCACAUGGACACAGUGUCAGGACUGUGCACUCCCUGGUAAUCGUUGCUUCCCUUGUAGUGAACCCCCUUUCCCCAACAGGCUUUCCACAACUUAUAGGCCUCUCCCUUGUAAUGUGCACCCACUUUGCAUACCCCAUCAAUGCAUUGGGGACUCAUGCUCCUACCAAUCGAGGUACCUGGAUGGUGCAUACACAAUUGGGAUUCUUGCAAGCGAAGCUUUCACUUUCCUUUCCGCUAGUGGCAGGCCUCAGACUAUUCCAAACAUAGUUUUUGGUUGCUCAAUUGACACUGCUGAUAUGCACUAUGGUGGGAAUGACAAUCAAGUAAACGGGAUAUUUGGGUUGGGAUGGGGCAUCCGUUCCUUUGUGAAUCAAAUACAAAAUCUGAGUCAUGGAACAUUCUCAUACUGCCUCAAGUUCAAUGAUGGCCAUGCCUUGGACACAUAUCUAAGGUUCGGGGGAGAUAUACCUCAACCAACAACAGUUUUACAGACAACUAAACUAGUCCAAUUUAAAAGCUCCCAGGCCUACUUUAUUGAGUUGCUAGGCAUCAGCAUUAAUGGGACAAGGCUUGACAUCAAUCCAGAGCUAUUUAGUUUACAAUUUGACGGUUCUGGAGGGUGUGCUAUAGACUCUGGAACUACUUUUACAACUAUCAUCAAGUCUGCUUAUGAUGUAGUAAUUAGAAAACUUCUGCUUUAUUUUUCGGGUUUCCCUAACAUGACAAGGACUAGGAUUUUUGAAUCAUGUUUUGAUCUUUGCUAUGAGCGCAGUGUGCCGGAAGGGUUCAGAGACCUUCCUGGUAUGACCUUUCAUUUAAGAAAUGCAGAGCUUGAAGUUGCACCACAAGGGACAUUUGUUGUGAAUCAGCUCGACUCUGGGGAAGAAGUCUUUUGUUUGGCGAUAGUUGGAGGUGAUCACGUUACUCUAUUGGGAGCAUACCAGCAAACAAACCAAAAGUUCAUAUAUGACAUUACAAGGAAGCAGUUGCAAUUUGCACCAGAGGAUUGUGCUCAAAAUGCUUAGAGCGUCUAUUAUUCUUUUGUUUGAGUUAUCAUAUAAAUGAAAUUAUCCAUUUGAAUAAACUCUCUCUAUCUAGCCUUUUUUUGACUCUCCUUUCACUUGGGCUCCAUUUGUUUUGACAUAAAAGGUUUUCUAUCAGCAAA